AUGCACACGGAGGUGCAGUACAGUGCGGCUGAUGUGGCGCCUCCCGAGCCUCCGGCCACACCCCCAAAGAAGAUGAAGCCUGGUAGUCCCGAGGAGAUGGCGGCAAGGAUGGCUAUGAUGGGUGGCCCUGGUGGUAUGCGGGGUCGCGGCUUCCCAGGCGCUUUUGGGGUGGGCCGCGGGGGAGUGGUCCCUGGCGGCUUCGCUGCCGGCCGUGGAGGCUUCGCUGCUGGCCGCGGAGGCUUCGCUGCCGGCCGCGGAGGCUUCGCUGCUGGCCCCGGUGGCUUUGCCGCAGGCCCCGGAGGUGUCGGGCGCGGCUUCGGACGAGGUGCUUUCGGUGCCGGGCGUGGUAUGUUCCCGCCUGGUGUGGGUGGUGCCGCCGCUGCCGGUGGCGGUGCUUACGACCCCAGGCAGACACUCCGCAUGAGCGUGGCCCAGAAAAAGCACAAGCACGACCACGUGUUUGUACCCGUGGAGCACGACUGUGUCUCCUAUGAUCUCGAGAUGGAGAUGAGGGCUGCUAUGCGUGGCCCAUUUGGCCUCGGAACUACACCAACUCACCGCAUCUGA